AUGGAAGGUGGGGGGUGUGUGGGUCUCCCCGGAGCUCUGGACGCCGAGUGCGCCCAGAAAAAGCAUCACUCUUUAUUGCACCCUGAAAGAAAAGAAACUGUAAGAGAAGAAAGUCAGGAAGACCAUACAAACAUAGUAUCACAUUUUACAAAACAACCUGGUCAAAUUUUAUUAGCUACCGCACUGGUGGAUGUGUCUUCAAGCAAUGGAAACAUAGGAACCUACCGUGCUCUCAUUGACCAAGGCUCUCAGGCCUCGUUUGUGUCAGAGGAUAUCGUUCAAACGUUGCGUUUGAAACGAGAAAAAAUCAACGGCGUGGUCACUGGACUGAGUGGAGGUAAUCAGCUUAGCAUCAAACAUAUGGUGGAAGUCAACCUUAGAUCGAAGGUUCAACCAACCUUCACAGUCCAUGUCAAGGCGUAUGUUCUACGUAAUAUUACAAACUAUUUGCCAACACAGCAAAUCACGAUGUUUAAUUGGCCUGAACUAGAUAACAAAACACUAGCAGAUCCUGAGUUUCAUAUACCGAAUAAAAUACAACUGCUGCUAGGCGCUGAAGUCUAUAGUAAGAUCAUAGAUGUCGGUUUGCUGAAGAGUCCGUCUGGGUCUAUAGUAGCACAAUCAACAUACCUGGGAUGGAUUCUAUCUGGUGAUACUAACGAUACAAAACCUGUAAAGGAAAAACAAACAAUUAGUUUACACAUCUCUGUAAGUGAUAAUGAACAACUAAAAAGGUUUUGGGAAAUUGAAAAUGAAGUACUUACCAAUGAACGUAAAAUGACUAAGGAAGAGCAGAUGUGUGAAGAGAUCUAUAAAAAAACGACGGUCAGAGUAGAAUCUGGUAGAUAUAAAGUACAUAUACCUUUUAAAGAAAAUAUAGAACCAGUAGAGAAAUGUGGAAAAACUAAGGAAAUAGCAACAUCUAGAUUUCUACAAUUAGAAAGAAAAUUUAAGUACAAUAUAAAAUUGAAACAAGAAUAUUGUAAGGUAAUUAAUGAAUAUUUAGCUCUGGGUCAUAUGGUAAAGGUAAAUGAAGAAAACAACAAUGCGAUAUAUUUACCCCAUCAUGCGAUCUUGAGAGAUGAUAAAGAUACAACAAAGCUACGAGUUGUUUUCGACGCUUCUGCAAAGGGAUCCAAAGGAUUUUCUCUAAAUGAUACGAUGUUAACUGGACCAGUAAUACAAAGAGAUUUACGCACUCUAAUUAUGGAGUGGAGAACAUAUAAAAUAGCUCUGCAUCAGCUCCGUUCUUGGCUGUUCGCACUCUUUUCCAAGUCGCUGAAGAUGAAGAGCAAAGAUUUCCUUUGGCUGCAUCAAUAG